GCAGCUGCGGAGGAUCGCUUCCGGGAGGCGGGUCAGCGGAAGUGAGGGCGGUUGAGGCUGGGCGGCCCAAGGUGGAAGGAGGGGCCGUGAGGUGAGAGAGUCCGGGAGCCCAAGCCUGAGGUGAGAAAGAUUCUAGGGCAGCGCGGAGGCGGGAGCGCGACCUUCCAGCCCGUUAGUAGACUCGGUCUACGUGCCGGGCGCUGUGCGGAGCCCGCGGCUCCUGUUCCCGCGCGAGUUCUCGCGGGAGCCGCAGCUGUCCGUCUCACUUGGCCCGGGGGAAACUGAGUCCCCGAAGGGUAGUUGCUCGUCGGAGUUCCCCAGCAAACAGUGACCAAGCCAGACCUCAGGCUUCUAGUUUCGGCUUCGCUGCUUGACGGGCCGGGCUGCCCCGCCGCGCAUUCUGAGACCUGGCCGUGGCUCGGAGGCUUCCGCGCACUCCGGUCCGGGUCCUGUGGGUCCAAGGGCCGCUGGGCAGGCGGCGAGGACUUGGCCGACCUUGGUCCAGGUCGGGUCGUCUGCCGCUGAGGAGGGGCGGCGCGCCCUGGCCGGUCCCCUCGGGGAGAAGGUCCGCGCGGGUCUCCGGCCACUGCUGCGCGCGGCAAAGUUUCACUGAGCGCGGCGGCCUCUGUGGGGGCCCCCGGGACCAGGGGUGCUGAGCGGGGCCCUGCGCUGGAGGAGCUCCCGUUCUGCUGAGGGGACGCCUGUCAACAGACAGCAACGGCAGCCUCCGGAGGGCUGCGGGGCGCAGAGGUGACAAGACCCACCGGUGCUGCCGGCGAACCGGGGGAAGAUCUUCUAGCCAGUGACACUUGGGGGCGGGGGUGACAGCUGAGUUGGUGUUCCCCUUCAUUCGUUUAGUUCAGCGCGUUAAAGAGCUCACUGUGUCCUAGGCAGACGUGCUGUGCGCGGGGAUCACAGUUAUCUAGUUCCUCUCGCGAGGACUCCGAGGGACAGGCAGGGUGCUGCGGAGCGCACAGGAAAGGACCUGACCCUGUCGCAGGGAAGGAAGGUGAUGCUUGAGCUGAGCUCUGAGGAAUGAUGAAGAAUGAGCUCGGCGAAGGGGGUGCUGGUGUUUGAUGCAGGGCUCAGAGGUGGGCCCAGUGUUGGGGGUUGAGGGCCAGUGUCGCUGGAGGGCAAGGGGGAGAGCAGGAGGGCUGGCUGCGAAGUGUGCAGGCCUUGGUGCUCAGUGAGUGUGGUCUAGAGAGGGCAGAGAAAGAUGGGUUUGGGACUGAUUGUGGAUUUAACCCUGUGUUGGCUCUAGUAAGCCAGUUUUAAACGGAUGAGCGAUGUGAUUAACAGUGUGUUUGGGAAGGAUUCCUCUGGCUGUGUGUGAAGGUUAGGCCUAGCUGGGUCUUUGGAGGUAAGGUCGGAGAGGAAGUGGCAGUAAGCACUGUUAGUGCAAUUUGUGGCCGACACGGACAUUCAGCACAGAGCCUGGCACACAGAGGGACUCUGAUAAUAAAGGCUUGAACUGAGCCGAGAAGAUGGAGCCCACGCAGGAGGUGGCAGGACCUGGACCAGGCUUUGGGUGCUUUGCACUGGCAAGACCACUGAGUGACCUUAGACAAGUGCCUUCCCUUGUCCAACUUCCUUUCUUCACGUGUAUCGUAAAAUGGCCUGAUAUGAAGGAGUCACGCCUCCCGCCUUCCGGAGCUGCCCAGUGGCUGCCUUGUCCUUCAAGUGCAGGAGCUGGUUCAAAUGUCGGAAAUGGAAGCCAGUGUGACCAUCCCAAUCUGGCAAAACAAGCCACAUGGGGCUGCUCGAAGUGUAGUAAGAAGAAUUGGGACCAACCUACCCUUGAAGCCGUGUGCCCGGGCGUCCUUUGAGACCCUGCCCAACAUCUCUGACCUGUGUUUGAGAGAUGUACCCCCAGUCCCUACCCUGGCUGACAUCGCCUGGAUUGCUGCGGAUGAAGAGGAGACAUAUGCCCGGGUCAGGAGUGAUACGCGCCCCCUGAGGCACACCUGGAAACCCAGCCCUCUGAUUGUCAUGCAGCGCAAUGCCUCUGUUCCCAACCUGCGUGGGUCCGAGGAGAGGCUUCUGGCCCUGAAGAAGCCAGCCCUGCCAGCCCUAAGCCGCACCACUGAGCUGCAGGAUGAACUGAGCCACUUGCGCAGCCAGAUUGCAAAGAUAGUGGCAGCUGAUGCAGCUUCGGCUUCAUUAACGCCAGAUUUCUUAUCUCCAGGAAGUUCAAAUGUCUCUUCUCCUUUACCUUGUUUUGGAUCCUCAUUCCACUCUACAACUUCCUUUGUCAUUAGUGACAUCACCGAGGAGACAGAGGUGGAGGUCCCUGAGCUUCCAUCAGUCCCCCUGCUUUGUUCUGCCAGCCCUGAAUGUUGCAAACCAGAACACAAAGCUGCCUGCAGUUCGUCUGAAGAGGAUGACUGCGUCUCUUUGUCCAAGGCCAGCAGCUUUGCCGACAUGAUGGGUAUCCUGAAGGACUUUCACCGAAUGAAACAGAGCCAAGAUCUGAACCGGAGUUUAUUGAAGGAGGAAGACCCUGCUGUGCUUAUCUCCGAGGUCCUACGGAGGAAGUUUGCUCUAAAGGAAGAAGAUAUCAGUAGAAAAGGAAACUGACAACCCUCAGCUCUGCAAACUCAGUCUCAUGCUCCUGGAAUACCUUCAAUAGCUGCCUUCCUCACCGCAGAUGUUUCUGCCUCUUAAGGAUAGAUCUUCUGCAACAGUCUUGCUGACAAGCUAGAGCUUGGACUGAAAGAGAAGAGCUGGAUUAUAUGUUUCCCAGACUUCAAACCCUAGCAGAAGCUAAGGCUUGUGAUUUGACCUGAGACGUUUGUUUCAGGUAAUCAUGUAGAAUGAAGUAUCCUAGUUUAAAGGGUAAGAGAGAAGUUGUUUCUGGUUUUUCCUUGCCCCUGUGUGAAAAUAGGUCCUAAAUGACUGACUGACUUCACUGCAUUAGACCCUAUAACUGGUCUCACAAGAUACUUUGUGCCCAGCUGUCACUCACUCUCAGCAGCUUCCUUGCAGCAGAGCAGGGCUGGGGGGAAGGGGCUAUAAAUGUUUGUAUACAUGUUCACAGGGCACGGAAAAUCUUAUGCUGCUCCGUCAUAAACCUACACCAAUGCCCAGCAAUCACCCUCCUCACUUCCUCGUCUAGAUGUAGAGGUCAGGCUGCUGAACCAGCCGACACAUGGGCUACUGCUGGGAAGCCUGGGCUGUUUUUUUUCUUAAACACAUUUUAUAUUACUGAACAACCAAAUCUACCCUCCACGGCCCUGAGGCCUUAUCAGUUCCACUGAUUAAAAACUUUCUCUUCCACGGACUUUAAGCCCAGUAGGAAAGAGAAAGGAGGAGGGGGAAAGAGCAUACCAUCUUUCUUCCAGGCCCUUGACUGCUCCUUUGGGUUGGGCUAAGGUUUGUAUCUACCACACCAUGCAUGACUCAGAUGCCCUCAGGUCCCUUUCUCUAUGGUAUGUAUACUGCUUGUGUUUGGGUUGAAGCACUACCUGACAUUAAAGGAAGGACUUGGAGAGAGAAUGCA